UCUGGGGAUUUCAAAUGACAUGACAUCUCUUUGAGGUUGUGAGAUGCGAAUGCACUAAACAAUUUAAAAAUUUCUCAAUCUUGUGCAGCGUUAAUUAGAAUUCAUUUCGAAAAUGGAUUGCGAAGAAGCUGAACUAAAAUCUGACUUUUUUCUACGAGAAAUUCCCAAUGUAAAAAUUAGCCAAGAGCGUAAGAAAGAGGUACCAAAGAGUAACGUUAAAGAAGAAAUAAAAGUAUUACACUUAAGUGACAAUUCUCAACAGAUGAUAAUGGAAACAUUGAGGUUUAUUCACGGCCCUGACUACUCUUUGGAUGAUAUUUCAAAGUACAAAGACGAAGACUUGAAAUUCACCAAUAAGUUUUUGCAACAUAAUAAUUUGGUUGUCAAGGGCGGAUUCUAUAAUACAAAUAAUGACUCGGACAGCGAACACGAGAAAUUAAGAAUGUUCGCCCUGUUGAAAUUGGAAAGCUAUGGCUUUCACAAAAGUCACUGUGCAGAAGCAUUAGAUUACACCUCCGGUGAUUUAGAGUCUGCUUUAUAUUUACUGUACACUAAGUACAUGAGCAUCUCACAACCACACACCAGUAAAUUCUCAGAAUCUGAACUCAUCGAACAACGACGUGACGAAAAGAGCGUCUUAGAAUCGAUAUAUGAGUCUGCAUUUACUGAAAAAAUUGUAAAUGCAGUAUGGACUAUUAAAUUAAAUCUAAACUAUUUGGUAACAAAGUUUCACCCUAAAAGGCAUUUAAAUCAAUCGCAUUCCGGCAGUCAAAGGCGAAAAGAUUUGUGUAGAAAUUUCGCAAGUGGGCAUUGUAAAUUUGGUACUAAAUGUAAGUACUUCCAUAAAGUACAAGAAGAACCACGAAACCCGCACUUAGACGAUUAUACUUUUGAAUUAGAAAUACGUUUCGGCACGGAGUCGAGGUACCCGUAUGAGCCUCCUUUGUUAUUUCUAAAGACAAAUUUCUUAUUACCCGAGCUGAUGAAUUUACACAUUUGCAAGAGGCUCGCAGAGGAAGCUCACGAUUUAGCUCAAAACGGUAUACCCAGUAUUUACUCCAUUGUUGAAUUAUUGAAGAACGAAGAUGUCAUGACAGAAUACAUCAACACUAGUAAAAUUUCGUUUUUGUUACCUGCCGAGAAAUUAUUUCCUACUUCUGAUAUCAAAGAACGGGUAGUUACAGAUAAAUAUUACAAGAAAGGUAGCACAAACAGUGAUAACAAAAAGCAGUCCAGCCAUGCGGAAAUUCUAUCCGAAGACACGAAAAUAUUUAAUCGAUUUUUGACAAAAAUGAAUGAUAGCUCCUAUCAACGCAUGGCGGAGGUGCGAAAGAAGUUACCCGCGUGGAAUUUGCGCAAAGAAAUCGUAAAUACUGUACAAUCUUCACCCGUGACUGUUAUUAGUGGCGAGACUGGUUGUGGUAAAAGUACUCAAGUUCCUCAGUUCUUAUUAGAUGAUUGGUUGGAUAAUUAUAAGUCCAAUAAAACUCACAUUGAAAUCAUAUGUACUCAACCUCGUCGCAUUUCGGCAAUAGGAGUUGCUGAAAGAGUGGCAGAUGAGAGAGCAGAACGGAUUGGUAACACUGUCGGGUACCAGAUUAGAUUGGAGAGUAAGAUCUCGUCGAGUACACGACUUACGUUUUGCACUACAGGUGUUCUGCUAAGGCGAUUAGAAAGUGAUCCUGAGUUAUCUACUGUUUCGCAUAUUAUUGUGGAUGAAGUGCAUGAAAGAAGUGAAGACAGGUGGGUACUUAUUACUAGGAGUACAUUCAUACUAAUUGAGCUAUUAUCAAACUGUUCUUUUAAGAACAAGGAAACUCUGAUCUAAACUGUAAAAACGUAA